AUGGCGAAUGGCGUGCUGGUGACUAGCGACGGGUGGUGGUCCGGCGGCGGCGCAAACGUGCUGGUCACGUCUCGGUCGGGACAGGUUCGCAGACAGGCGCUGGCAGGCAGUGCAGGUCGCGUCUGGCGCUGGACGGGACGCGCGGGUGCUGGGGCGGACACGGAAAGGCGCUGGGAUCUCGGGCACGUGCGGUCAUGCGUUGCGGGUCUCCUACCCCGGGUAGGACUGGGCGUGCGUGCGUCUGGGCUCACGCGGGCAUGCACCGCACGAUACCUAUGCGUGCGCGGACUCGCGCAGGGACAUAGGCGUGAAGAACACGGACGGAGGCGAUACGCACGGGCAGGGACGACAUGUGGCGUCACGUGGCGUCGCUGCUGGGAGCUGGAACCGGCGUCGGGCGGCACGCGAUUGGGCGUGGGACUCACACGACUGUGUGCAGUGGGCGCGGGUGCCUUCCGGCGGUGGCUCACGGCGGCGGCGAUUUUCGGUGGUGGUUGA